CGCCGCCAAUUAUGUGUGCGGAGUAGGAUUUCCAUAUUGCCCAUAAGAGGAAUCCUGGCAAGCAAGCUCGUAGAAUCCCUUUCAAGUUGUUCUUCGAGGAGGAGAUCCACCAUUGGAAAAGAAAAUGCACCUCGAAGGAAUAUUGUAGUUCAUGAGAGAGAGGGAGACGCCACCCACCGGCGAUGAAAUUGGGAUGGCGGAUGGAGAUGGUCUCAACAUCGUCAACGAUGGAGAGACGGAAGGACAAGAGGGUAGGGUCGGAAGUAUCUUCAUACCUACUGGACCCAACUCAGAAGGCAUUUUUCUCCUUGUCAAAGCCAUCACUGAUGCUAUAAAUCUUAGAGGGGAUAAUGCAUAUAUCCCAAGAGAAGAAAGGGUUGACAAGGAACAAAAAGGGUUUGAGGAGCCUUCUUCAAUGCUAAAUAUGUAUGGAAAAAAGGUAGAAACAACAGAAGAAGGAAUAACUAAGAAAGGUGAAGAUAUGGAAAUGAGGAAGCCUUCAAUUUCUUCUGAGCUGUUAGACUUAGAUAUACAAGAAGCAAAUAUGGUAGGGGACGGAUCAGAUAAGGGCCAGAAACAGCAACAAGAGGGCAGUGAAGAAGAUCAAACAGAAAAACUUUUCCUACCAGUCUUUCAAGCAUACUUUGAUGCUCUCUUUAAAGCAGCGGAGAACCAAAUUAAAGAGGCAUUGGCGAAGAAAGAGUUAUUGGAUAAUCUCAAAAAGGGAUUGCUUCCCAAUCAACAUGGAAAAGCUUUGAGGGCAACAAGGGAAACAAUUAGAAGCAUGGACAUGGUUACCAUGGUAAACUUUGAAGGAGCCAAAUAUCCUGUAUUCAUUUCGUACUCCAAUGCAGAUAAGGAGACAGUGGCAGAGUUCUUAUCAGGCGAACCACAGGAGAAUUGAAUUAACUACUAAGAGUUGAGUCUUAUAUGGUGACCCAUUUGGGGAUAGGUUUGUUGUUUAACUUAGGUUAUAAUCACUUUGCCUGGGUUUCCACUUCUUUUACGCUAUUCGGAUUAUGUUUUUCGUUUGAAUAGACACUUAAAUCCAGG